AUGGUCUCCCGCACACCUGGUCCCCCGCACACCUGGUCCCACGCGCACCUGGGUCCCCCUCACACCUGGGUCCCCCUCACACCUGGGUCCCCCUCACACCUGGUCCCAUGCGCACCUGGGUCCCCCGCACACCUGGGUCCCCCUCACACCUGGGUCCCCCGCACACCUGGUCCCCCGCACACCUGGGUCCCCCUCACACCUGGGUCCCCCGCACACCUGGUCCCCCGCACACCUGGGUCCCCCGCACACCUGGGUCCCCCUCACACCUGGGUCCCCCUCACACCUGGGUCCCCCUCACACCUGGGUCCCCCUCACACCUGGGUCCCCCUCACACCUGGGUCCCCUCACACCUGGCCCCCCUCACACCUGGGCCCCCCUCACACCUGGGCCCCCCUCACACCUGACCCCCCGCGCACCUGGGUCCCCCUCACACCUGGGUCCCCCGCGCACCUGUGCCCCCCUCACACCUGGCCCCCCUCACACCUGGCCCCCCUCACACCUGGGCCCCCCUCACACCUGGCCCCCCUCACACCAGGGUCCCCCGCACACCUGGGUCCCCCUCACACCUGGGUCCCCCUCACACCUGGGUCCCCCUCACACCUGGGUCCCCCGCACACCUGGUCCCACGCGCACCUGUGUCCCCCUCACACCAGGGUCCCCCGCACACCUGGCUCCCCCUCACACCUGGGCCGCCCUCACACCUGGGUCCCCCGCACACCUGGGUCCCCCUGA